CCCCAACCCAAACCCUCAAAGAUGGGGUUUUCUCUGCAUCUCCUUCCCUUCAAAUCCCUAAUCGAAUCUCGAUUUCCCCCCCAAAAUUCUCUCAUUAUUGCCCCAAGUCCGCACCUUUUUUGAUCCUAACCCUAGAAUCCCCAAUCUCUCCUCAUCCGCAGCAUGAGCCGCCGGGCGGCGGCCAUUGCUCUCUCCAGAUCGCCAGUUGUGCUCGCAUCCCUUCGAUCCAAUGCUUUCUUGCGGAAGGAAAAGUCCCGGCUUCCCUUCCCUUGUUAUUCAACUGAUUCUUCGCCUGAUGACGAGUUGCAGCGAUUGAUCGAUCCUGAGUUCUCGUUUCGAUCGGAUGGCGUGUUCUGUGAGCGGAAAGACCUGCGAAGGAGCGAGCUUUCUGCAAAAGACUUCGCCUUUUUAGAAGAAUCUGUUGCAGAGAGGCCUGCUGAUUCGGGUGAGUUCUCCGAAGAGGCUGUUUUGAUAUCCAGUGAGAUUAGGGAUUGUAGAGAUGGGUUUGAUAAUAAAACUGAGAAAUUUCUCAGGCAAUUUCGCGGGAAAUUGAACGAAGGACUGGUUGUUGAGGUGUUGAGACUUACAAAAGACUCCGAAUUGGCUGUGAAGUUCUUCAUCUGGGCCGGGCGGCAGAUUGGGUUUUCUCAUACUGGUUUAACUUAUGAUGCAUUGAUUGAAAGUUUGGGUUUUGAGGUGAAAACUAGAGUUCCUGAUCAAAUUCUUAGAGAGAUUGGUGAGGAUGGUAGGGAAGUUCUUGGGAAGUUGCUCAAUGUUAUUAUUCAGAAGUGCUGUAGAAAUGGGCUUUGGAAUGAGGCACUAGAGGAGCUUGGAAGGCUUAAGGAUUUAGGCUACAAGGCAUCCAAGUCCACAUAUAAUGCUCUGAUUCUGGUAUUCUUGACUGCUGAGAGAUUGGAUUCAGCUCUUUUAGUUCACAGAGAGAUGUCUGAUUCAGGAUUCUGUAUGGAUAGGUCCACUGUGGGGUGUCUUGCACGUGCAUUGUGUAAGGUGGGGAGGUGGGUGGAAGCUCUUAAUAUCAUAGAGAAGGAGGAUUUUACUCUAGACACUAUUUUGGGUACGCAGAUGAUCAGUGGAUUGCUGGAUGCUUCUCUUUUCGAAGAAGCAAUGUCUUUUCUCCACAGGAUGCGAUCAAAUUCUUGUGCUCCUAAUGUUGUGACAUAUAGGACAUUGCUUUCAGGGUUUCUGAGGAAAAAACAGCUUGGUUGGUGCAAAAGAAUCAUCAACAUGAUGAUGAAAGAGGGUUGCAAUCCCAGUCCCUCUUUGUUUAAUUCCCUUGUUCAUGCAUAUUGCAGCUGUGGUGAUUAUGCUUAUGCAUAUAAGUUGUUGAAGAGGAUGUCUGCUUGUGGCUGUCAACCAGGUUAUGUGACGUAUAACAUAUUGAUCGGAGGGAUUUGUGGGAAUGAAGAGUUACCCAGCUCAGAUGGACUUGGUCUGGCAGAAAAAGCAUAUGAGGCAAUGUUGGAUGCUGGACUUGUUCUUAAUAAGGUAAAUGUCACUAACUUCACACGAUGUAUCUGUGCAGUGGGGAAAUUUGACAAGGCAUUUGAGGUUAUUAAACAGAUGAUGAGUAAAGGGUUUGUGCCAGAUGCUAAUACAUAUGCAAAUGUGAUUAGCUUGCUUUGUGGGGCUCAGAAAGUAGAGAAGGCUCUACUUCUGUUUGAAGAGAUGAAGAAGAACCGUGUUGUUCCUGAUGUCUAUGUAUAUACCAUUCUCAUUGACAGUUUUUGUAAAAUUGGACUUAUUCAUCAAGCUCAUAUUUGGUUUGAAGAAAUGAUAAGGGAUGGUUGCAAUCCAAAUGUUGUUACUUACACUGCACUUAUACAUGCUUAUCUUAAGUCAAAGCAGCUGUCUGAGGCAAGUGAGCUUUUCAAUAAAAUGCUCACUAUGGAUUGUCUUCCAAAUGUGGUUACAUAUACUGCUCUGAUAGAUGGUCUUUGCAAGGCUGGUCAGAUAGAUAAGGCAUGCUCUAUCUAUUCCAAAAUGCGGGGGACUUGUGAGAAUGCUAAAAGCAAUAUUUUCUUUGAUGGUGGUAAUACUGAUCUUGUAGAGCCGAAUGUUUUCACUUAUGGGGCGUUAGUUGAUGGCUUGUGCAAAGCUCAUAAAGUUGUUGAGGCUCGGGAUUUGUUGGAUGCUAUGGCAUCUGCUGGUUGUGAGCCGAACCAUGUUGUCUAUGAUGCUCUUAUUGAUGGUUUCUGCAAGGCUGGGAGGCUUGAUGAAGCUCAAGAAAUUUUUCUAAGAAUGUCAGAGUGUGGAUAUAUUCCCAAUGUUUUUACAUAUAGUGCCUUGAUCGAUAAAUUGUUUAAGGAUAGAAGACUUGACCUUGCCUUGAAGGUUCUCUCGCAAAUGUUAGAGAACUCUUGUGCACCUAAUGUUGUUACUUACACUGAGAUGAUCGAUGGGCUAUGUAAAGUAGGGAAAACUGAAGAGGCUUUCAAGCUUCUUACAAUGAUGGAGGAGAAGGGAUGUAAGCCAAACGUUGUGACUUAUACUGCUAUAAUUGAUGGGUUUGGAAAAGCAAAAAAAGUUGGCAUGUGCCUUGAACUUUAUAAGCAAAUGACUAGUAAGGGUUGUGCCCCAAAUUUUAUCACGUUUAGAGUUCUGAUAAACCACUGUUGUGCUGCUGGCUUAUUAGAUGAGGCUCGCAAUUUUUUGGAAGAGAUGAAACAAACAUAUUGGCCGAGACAUGUGGCAAGUUAUUGUAAAGUGAUUCAAGGAUUCAGCAGAAAGUUUAUUGUCUCGCUUGGACUUCUAGACGAGAUAUCAGAAUUCAACUCAGCCCCAAUUGCAGCUGCUUACAGGUUGCUCAUAGAUAGUUUUUCUAAAGCGUAUAGGCUGGAGACUGCCCUGGAGUUGCAUGAGGAAAUUAAAAACAGUUCAUCAUGUGCAGCUGCUGUCAGCCUAGAUAUGUAUUCUUCUUUAAUUGAAGGCCUUUGUCUAGCAUCUAAGGUUGAAAAAGCAUUUCAAUUGUAUAGUGAGAUGACGAGGAAAGGCCAUGUUCCAGAAUUGCCUAUCUUUUUUUAUCUCAUUAAGGGGCUAACAAAGUCUAACAGGUGGGAUGAAGCAUUGCAACUUUCCUACAGCAUAUACCAUAUGGAUAUCAACUGGCACAAAGAAGGGAUUUAAGAAUAUUCAUUGUUUCCAUUGAUGUCUUGCUGCAUCGGAUGAUCAGCUGUAUUAUAGUGGUUAGUUAAUCAUACAUAUCUUCUGGGAAGUUAUGAUAGUCAUCCUUCAUUCGUUGAUUCCAUUGUUGCAAUUAUUCUUUACUGAAAUACUGUGACUUUGGUCCGUUGAUACAUUUUAAAAUUGUGAAGAUUGAAUCUUGUACUUCAGAAGCCGCCAUUGGAAAACAUGAAAGAUCUGAUUCAUCAAUGAGAUGAAUGUUGUUCUUUUUGCUUGACAGUGUUUCUUGUCUGCUGCUUAUGCAAGUGCAAAUCGUGCUUGCCUUGUACAACAUAACUACUUGGCAGUUGGCACAAAAUUUAUGUGCUCACCUGUUAUAGAAGUUUUUAAUUCUUGGACGAUCUUUUUAAUCAUGGUACAACUUGAUGAAAGUAUGCUCAUCUAUUGAUCUUGAGCAGAGCAUUUUUUCAUAUGAAAUUUUUGGGGUUCUGGUUCAUCCAUGCUCCAAAAAUACCUGGGGCAGCUUGGCAAAUGGCAAUGAUGGCUGUGUGCUAUGAUCUCUUUAAAUGAUCUCACUAAGUGCAAGUUGAGUACGUGUAUAUUAACUUACAGGUGGAGAUUCUGUCGAGUGUAGGCUUGAGGACGGAAAACAGAGACCAAUUCUCUGUGGCAUGUUCUAUGGCACCUUCCGAGAAUCGAGUGUUUGCUCUCUUACAAUUUCUACGGUGUAUAAUGAGUCGAAGUGUAUUGUAUCAGUACUUGGGUUACUACCCUUUUUUGGCUUCCACUUGCACCCAUACAUCAAUGCCUAGUGAUAUAUUUGCCCUCUUACAAUUUCUAUGGUGUAUAAUGAGCCAAAGUGUAUUGUAUUAGUACUUGGGUUGCUACCCUUUUUUGGCUUCCAUUUGCACACAUACAUCAAUGGUUAGUGAUAUAUUUAUUGGAUAUUCAUUUUAACGAGAGGUUUUUCUGGAAGAUAAAAAAAUAGAAGGAUUUGUGAUUGAACUAA